AUGCAUUCCGCACAUGAAUGCAAAAGUAAAUAUUCUUGUCGGGUUUGUCACAAGAAGCAUCAUUCGAUGCUACACGUUGACUCGGAUUCUAGCUCAAGUGCAUUGAAAAAUGCACAGUCUAAUUGCUCGUCGCCUCAAGCGUCGGAUACGACGCCGGAGGUAAACUCGUUGAGCGCUUCAACCGUAACGCGAAAGCGCUCACCCGUCCUCCUAGCGACGGCCUGGGUAACAGUUCGCAGUCCGUCGGGCCGCACCGCUGUCGUUCGAGCUCUCCUCGAUCAGGGCUCGGAAAUGACAUUCAUUUCGGAAAGUUUAGCGCAAAUCUUGCGCUUAAAACGAAUUCGCAUGCCGAUCUCCGUUUCCGCCGUCGGCGGGAUAAACGCGGGGACUUUUCAACACGCGACACACAUAUUUAUUUCUCAUCGAGAAUCUCUCGCUCCGUCGCUUUCAACCACUGCGCUCAUUCUAAAGUCGCUAACCUCUUACACUCCGAGAAGACACGUGGAUCUCUCGUCACUUUCUUAUCUCUCCGAUUUACCGCGAGCAGAUUCGGAUCCGACGAGUUCCGAUCCGAUAAAUCUCAUAAUCGGAGCCGAUCUCUAUAGCGAUAUCAUUCGCGACGGUAUUCGCAGAGGAAGCGUCGGGCAACCCUUCGCUCAGAAUUCCAUUUUCGGAUGGAUAAUAUCGGGACCUCUCACAUCGCUCGAGAGUAACGAUCCCUCUCAGUCGACAAUGACUUCCGUUCAUUGCACUCGCGGUAGCAUUUCCGCUCAUCACACAAUAAGCUCUCCCUCUCUCGAAGAGGAACUUCGUCGCUUUUGGGAGGUCGAAGAACUCCCCCGACAAACUCAUCUCACACCGCACGAAAAGCAGUGUGAAGAGCAUUUUCGCUCGACUCAUUCUCGCGACUCAAACGGACGGUACAUUGUGCGGCUACCGUUCAAAAGGGGUCCGCCGAUUGACAUCGGAAAUUCAAAACUUCGGGAGGAGAAAAUGCUAAAUUCGUCACUCCGCGAACUUCUUGAUAAAUCGGAGCUCGCGACAGAAUAUCGCGAAUUUCGCGUGAUAUAG